AUGUCGGAACUCUUACAAAACCCUAGAGUGAUGGAGAAGCAGCAAUUCGAGGUACGAGGAAUCACAAAGCAGGACCAAGAGAUACGAGAUGGUGAUAUAGAGAAAAUGUAUUAUCUCAAGGCUGUGAUCAAGGAAGCCAUGCGUUGCCACCCACCCUUCCCAUUACUCGGGCCUCGAAUCGUGAGGGAAGACGUGCGAGUCAAAGGCUACGACGUUGCAGCCGGAACAAUGGUGAUGAUAAAUGGGUGGGCCAUCGGGCGGGAUCCCGCUUCCUGGGACGAACCUGACAAGUUUAUCCCAGAAAGAUUCUUGAAUUCUUCGAUUGACUUGAGAGGUCAGGAUUUCGAGCUUAUCCCCUUUGGGGAAGGGCGAAGAGGGUGCCCCGGGAUCACAUUCUCUAUUGUUGCUAUAGAGAUUGUGAUAGCAAAUUUGGUGCACGAAGUUUGA